UUACCCCCACUAAACAUGUUUUUAGCCGCAGUUAAAAAGUGAUUAGUGGUUCAGGAAUGUCUAAUAGUAAACGCCGCUUGUGAAUAGCAGAAAGAAGCAGUUGUAGUUGUUGCAAAGAUGAGUAGUAGCGGCGCCAAGAGGAGCGGUCCCCCAAAGCACCAGAACAAGUACGCUUGGAAACCCAACGCUGGUCGCAAAAUCAACGAAACUGAAGUUGGAGGAAGAUUCAGACCCCUCUCUGAGAUCACUGGGGUGUGCCCUCGUUGCAAGGAUCAAAUCGAAUGGAAACGACGUUAUGGAAAGUACAAGCCUCUUCUUCAACCAGCCAAAUGUCAGAGAUGUUCCAAGCGUGCUGUACGUCAAGCUUACCAUAGCUUGUGUCCUGGUUGUGCCAAGGAGCAUGGUGUAUGCGCAAAGUGUUGUUGCAAUACGAAGCAAAUAGUUGGAAGGGAUAUAUCAGAAGUUGAGGCUGAGCAAAAGAUGCUAGAGGAGGCCAUUAAGAACUCUCGGGAGAGAGAAAGGAGAUCCUUAUUGCGUGCUAUGAACAAAGACAAAACUAAGAGUUCAAAUAGUGUCCCAACAGAUACUAAAGGUAACAAAGUUGGACAAUUAUUUCCAAAUGCAUCACUCGAAGACUAUGCCAUACUGAAUAGAGUAAACGUGGAGCAUGAUGAUGGUGCAAUUUGUAAUGAUAAAUAUGUAGAUAACGAGGGUGAAGUUUGUGAAGAUGAAGAUAACAGUGAUGAUGAAGAUAACAGUGAUAAUGAAGAUUGUGAUGAAGAUGGUAACAGUGAGAAUGAAGAUUGUGAUGAUGAAGAUGGUAACAAUGAGAACGAAGAUUGUGAUGAGAAUGAUGACAAAAAUGAUGAAAACAUUCCUGAUCAUACCAAUGCCAAAAAUGAAUGAUUCAGGACAUGAGUAUUUCAGUUUCCUUUAGAAGUUCAAAUUACAAUUCUGAUUUCUUUGCAGACUGUUUUCGGCGUAUUUGGGGUUGAAUGCAAAUUUUGGUUAAGUUGUAUCUUUAGUUUGUUCGCCUAUGGGUGGGUGCCUCUUGUUUCAUUGUAUUUAACUUUUGAAGUAUAAUCUUUGUUAUUAAUUUUUUAUCCACUCAAUGCUACCUGAUUCCUGCUCUGUUCUGCCGAGCAUGCCCAUCAGUUUAUUAUUAAGU